AUGAGCUGUCUGGAGCUGGAGGCAGAUUCUCGGUCUCAGACAAGCGUUCACUUGUCCUGGAGAGUAACAGAAGGUCAGGAUGGAGCAGCUUAUUACACUGUCAAGUACCAGCAGAUCACGCAUUCACCAAAUCCAGCAGAAGCAACAUUUGUCCGCAGUGACACUCCAGAGAUUGUAAUCACAGGCUUGAAACCAUUCAGCACAUAUGAAUUCAGUGUUCGUGCUCAUGAAUCAGAGAAGACAUAUGGCCCUUUUAGUCAUCCUGUUCAAGCUAUGACUAUGGGUAACCUCCCAUCAUCACCAGAGGAUUUCAUGUAUGAACCUACGGAUGCUUCUACGAUCCGCCUGAAAUGGAACCCACCAGAACAGUUGACUGGGACUCUGAAGAAGUAUGAAAUUCUCUACAGUCUGGAUAAGCAGAAGCCUUUAUCUGAGUGGGAUGUGCAUGAGGUAGAGGGUGAUGCCACGGCAGAUACGAUGAUGUGA